GCAAAACUACCAUUAGCCGAUCCACCCCUCCUAAAUCGCUUUGAAAAGCAAAGACUUACGCUAAAUGAAACACUCUCAAAUCAUGAAAAAAGACUUGUUGAACGCCUAAAAGAUUGGACCAGGGAAAUUUCGACUAUUGUUGAAAGUGAAGAUGAUACUAAAAGUCUGUUCAAUGAAACAGACAUGUUUAUUGGUUUCUCUUCAGAAGAAACCUUACAGAGUUUAGUUAUAGACCAAUAUGGAAAAAAUCCUGAUCUCGAUGAUGAUGCGAUUAUUCAUGCUUGCAAAGAAGCCCUGAUUUCAAUAGCCACUUCGGAUGGUAUUGUAAGAACUAAUAAAUCGUAUUUAAAAAUAAGUGAAGGACAGGAAUCAGAAGCUGAGCUUCAAAAUCAAAUUAAACGUUUUUAUGAAUCCGAUAAUGAUUUAUAUAUCCUGCAGUGUGAUCCUUUAACUGUAAAAGCAGGAUGCAUCAGAUUAGCAAAGUUUAUAAUUGAACAGUAUGGAAAUGAACUCACGGAAAAGGCACAAAGAAUCAAAUCGGUUAAACGCGCAUGUGUAAUUAUUCAUUUUAACCGACAAUUCGAUAAGAAUAGUACAGAUUUAUUUAAUUUUAUGUGUGGUUGGAGUCAAGUUACCAUUGAAAAUUUGGUUUCUUCAGAAAGAUCACUCCCACUACUUCUUAAUUCAACUAUUAGCGAUAUUCUCAAUGAGGAGUUUUCGUUUGAACAAAUUUUAAGCCAAGAAUUAUUAUGGUCUAAUUCUUCAAAUCAAUGGCAAUUAGACAUUGCAUUAAAUCAAAAAUCAUUAUCUUUACAUUCUUCAUUCUCGGUAGCCCUCGAGACAUACGUAAGAUUCUUAAUUAGAAAGCCUAUCGCUAAAUUACUUUACCUACUGGAUCGAUAUCAUGCAAUAACUCUCUUUUUCUCGUGGGAUAAUGAUACGAAUGAAUCAAACGAAAACGAAUUAUUUAAUUUUUGGGAACAAAUCUUCAUGAACAAAAAGAUUAUAAACAUUGAUGAUAUGCUUAUGGAUCCUCGUCCAAAUUUAUAUAGCAUCUCGGGAAAUUAUUUGAAUCUUCGAUUCCCUUUUUCUUCUUAUUUCAUGGAACAGAUUGAUCAGUAUAAAAAACUUUAUAAUGAAGAACUAGAUAUCUUGUACGAGCAACCUGAAAAUUUGGAUGAGAAUGAGAAUUUACGUUCAGAAAUAAUGGAAGUAUUUCUCGAAAAAUUCUCAAAUAAUAUUCUGACAGCGAUUCCAGCUAUGACGCCAACAAUCCUACAAGUCGCUGGCAACUUGUACUUUGAAGAUUUUGUAACGAUUUCAUCUACAAAUUCCGGAUAUCCGAACGAAUCUGAUGUGAAAUUGCUACUAUUUCUUUUUCGCCGUUCAUGUGAUAAUGAAACAUUAAACGAUCCAAUCAAAUUACACGUAUUUUGGUGGACAAGUUCUGAUGCUCUUAUCGCUGAACUAGAAUUGGCCCGAAUGUGUCCUUCGAUCAUGGAACUCAUAUCCAAAGAAGAUAUCAAUGAUGAGAAUGCACGCUUUGGAAUAAAUUUAAUAGAUCAAGUAUGUAAAAUGAUGCUGGAAAACAUUAUGAAAUUAAAAAAUGAAAACGCUGAUGAGAUCAUUGCCACAAAUGAUUUACGAGAAUGGCAACGACAAGUUACUAAUAUUUUAUCUCUAAGUGCAAAUAUUGAAACGUCUUCAGAAUCAAAAACUCUGCAAUUUUUACGUAUUUGUAAUGAUUUGAUUUCAACGCAACUGAUCAACAUUUCAGACAUAGUCGGUGCCAUUAACGUUAAACGUGAACCUGAUCCGGACAACCAAGAACCUGAUCCAGGCAAUCAAGAACCUAAUCCAGAUAACCAAGAACCUAAUUCAGACAUGGUUGAUGACAUUAAUACUAAUACUCAACCAGAACUCGAUUUGAAUAAUCUGGAAAAUAUACUUUCCCAAGAAUUUGUUGAUCGUAUAUUGGAGCUUUUUGAAAAUAUUCCGUCUACAGAGCGGAUCAUAACUUCACAAUGUUCGUUCUUUCGCAGAUGUUUUGAUAUCAUUCCAUUCGAUUCACCAGUACGAAUUAAACUUUAUGAAAUACUUUUUGGACGAGAACCACGUGUGCUCCUUGGUUCUGUUUUAUCACGAGCUUUACUUUUAGAAGAAAGCUUGCAACCAGGAAUUUUUAUUCAACUAAUUCAAAACGCAAGAGCCACUUUAAUUCGUUCUCCGACCUUAACCGCCAUUAAUACCGCUCUUGGAAAAAGUGGUGUUGAUUCACCGAUUAUGGCUUUAUGUUGUGAUGUAAUGCAAAAUGACUUUUUUGCAAAAUGGGAUAUUAAGAAUUUGGUAAACAGCUAUAGAGACGCUAUCAACGUUUUAUGUAGUCAAAAUUUCGAACUUUUGCAAUUGGUUAUUGCUGUCGCUUUACUUAAAGAAUUUGUAAAUUAUCUUUGGAGUUCACUAGAAUCUGUCCAAAACACGGAAAUGGAGCAUAUGAUGUUUAAUGACGAAAUAGAAAAUAUCGAUGAAGUGAUUGAUAAUAUUAAUCUAGCUAUGGAACGUCAGUCACUUCUCAUUCGUUCACUCAAGCUAUAUUUUCUUCGUGAUUUGUAUGUCAAAGGACUUUCAUUGCACGCUUAUCGCUGUUACAAUCAAUACAUAGAAGCAGAAGAAGCGUUUACUCCACUGUAUAAACGUGGUCAACAUAUGCAAUUCGAACAAUUUUUGAAUAGCGUUUCAAAUAACUUGACAAUAGGCGCCAAAAUGUCUAUAAUUGGAAUUUUGAUCACCCGCCUCUAUGAUAUAC